AUGCGACUCUCGUCGAUAUCAGUGGCGGUCGACCCCGUCGCCCUGGUUAUGACCGAGUGUAUCACGGUCACGAGUGCCAUGCGGAAACAUGCCCGCUGGGCACAUUCAAGCGUAUCAGCAAUCCUGGGGGGAGGUGUUACGUCGGGUUUGGCGAAGCCGCUCGCCAGCGAUCUGAAGCGAAAAGAGGAGGAUGCGGAGGGUGAGGCUCUUGCCAGCCGCUGGGGACUUAGGGGAAAGAAGGGGAAGAGCCUGCAAGAUAACCCCCUCAUGAGCGCGUUUUCAAAGCUGCGGGGUGAGCUGAAGGGUUGUAAAGACGUCAAAACCUUCGAUACUCCCUCUCUGCUUCACCCUUUCCUUCAAGUCAUUCGAUCAUCCUCAACUACCGCACCGAUUACAUCUCUUGCGCUCAUUGCCAUUACGAAAUUCUUGUCAUAUGACAUAAUUUCCAAAGCUUCUCCGCGACUACCGCUUGCAAUGCAGCUCCUCUCGUCCGCAAUCACCCACUGCCGCUUCGAAGCUUCCGAUAACGCCGCAGAUGAUGUGGUCCUCCUGAGGAUAUUGAAACUCAUGGAACGGAUGAUCUCGGGCCCCGUCGGCGACAUUCUCGGUGACGAGAGCGUCUGUGAGCUGAUGGAGACGGGGCUGAGCAUGUGUAGCCAGAAUCGGCUGUCCGAAGUCCUGAGAAGGGCGGCAGAGAUAUCUAUGGUCUCGAUGUGUCAGGUGAUAUUCGAGCGCUUGAAGCACCUUGAACUGGAGGCAGGGGACAAGCCGACUGCGCUGGAUGAGAAAACGAAGCAUGACAUGGAGUCCGUGAGAAUGGAUUCCGCUGUCGCUGGCAAUGAACUCACGGUCCCCGAGAGCAAGAAUGAGGAUACUAUUUCGAAUGGCAGUGCGGAGAGAACGUCGGAAGGCGAUACCGAGGAUACAACCAAAGAUCUCAAUGCGAGUCAGCUGGACUUGUCAGAAGCAGAGGCCACGGAGGAUACUGCCGAGAUCAAGCCGUACUCCCUCCCAUCCAUACGAGAGCUUCUCCGCGUUCUCGUGGAUCUGUUGGAUCCGCAUGACAAACAGCGAACGGAUACCAUGCGGAUCAUGGCCCUCCGGAUCGUGGACGUUGCCCUCGAAGUUGCGGGGCCGUCCAUUGCAAACCAUCCCAGCCUAGCAUCGCUAGCAAAAGACACCCUCUGCCGCCACCUCUUCCAACUGGUUCGGUCGGAAAAUAUGGCCAUCCUUAACGAAUCCCUUCGUGUGGCAGGCACGCUUCUUGCUACAUGUCGAAAGGUCCUCAAGCUUCAGCAAGAGCUCUUCCUUUCGUACCUGAUUACGUGCCUGUUUCCACGAGUCGAGAUUCCGCACGAGCCCGGGAUCGACCCACGGCUGUAUGCCGGCAUCCCCCAAACUGCGAGUCUAGCUAAGCCCUCGUCCCAGAACAAUCAAGGGCAUUCCAGCGGCCGUUCCACACCCGUACCGGUCAAGGACCGUCAGAAACUUGGCCUGGAGGGGGGGCAACGGAGGCCGGAGGCCCGGGAAGCAAUGAUAGAGAGCAUCGGUGCGCUGGUUCGCUUGCCCGCUUUCAUGGCGGAGCUCUUCGUCAAUUACGAUUGCGACGUGGAUCGAAACGACCUCUGCAUGGACAUGGUGGGGCUGUUAUCGCGAAAUGCCAUUCCGGACUCCGCAACCUGGAGUACCACAAAUGUUCCUCCUUUAUGUCUCGACUCGCUCUUGGGAUUAAUACAGUCCAUGUCCGAUCGAUUGGAUGACGAGCAUUGCCCACGAGCGCUGCCCGACUUGGAGAGACUUCGCGAGCGGCGGCGCUUGAAGACCGUCAUCAUCAAAGGUGCAAGCAAAUUCAACGAAAACCCGAAAGGGGGCAUCGCCUUCCUUGCCUCUCAAGGCGUAAUCGACGAUCCGAAUAGCCCACAUUCGGUCGCGCAUUUCCUGAAAGCCACUUCACGAGUCGAUAAAAGGGUCCUUGGAGACUUUAUCUCCAAGAGGAAUAACGAGGAGAUUCUAGAUGCGUUCAUGGAGAGUUUCAACUUUUCCGGUCAAAGGAUAGACGAAGCACUUAGACAACUCCUUCAUACAUUCCGCCUCCCCGGCGAAUCCGCUCUCAUCGAACGGAUCGUCACCAUAUUCACGGAGAAAUACUGCAGAAUGGCGGCUCCCGAAGGCAUCGCGGAUAAAGAUGCCGCAUUUGUCUUGACAUAUGCAAUCAUCAUGCUUAAUACGGAUCAACAUAAUCCCAACCUGAAAUCCGCAGCUCGGAUGACCAUCCUCGACUUCUCGAGGAAUUUACGGGGAGUCAAUAGCGGCGAUGACUUCGAUCCGCAGUUUCUGCAAGACAUCUACGACUCCAUCAAAACCAACGAGAUCAUUCUCCCGGAAGAGCACAAUACCAAGCAUGCAUACGACCAUGGCUGGAAAGAGCUGCUCAUGAAAGUCUCCACCUCCUCCGACCUCAUCCUUUGCGACACGAAUAUUUUUGAUGCCGACGUUUUCGCCGCGACCUGGAAACCGAUCGUCUCCACGCUGUCCUAUGUAUUUAUGUCCGCAUCCGAUGACGCCGUCUUCUCCCGCGUGAUUACCGGCUUUCAUCAAUGCGCACAGCUGGCGGCGAAGUACAAUGUGAACGAAGCUCUAGAUCAUAUCAUUUUCUGUCUCAGCUCCAUCAGCACCCUUGCAUCCGAGACGCCGCCGAAUACAUCCCUGAACACGGAAGUGCAGGCGGGAGAGAAGAGCGUCAUGGUCAGUGAGACGGCGGUACGGUUUGGUCGCGAUUUUAGAGCGCAAUUGGCUGUGGUCGUCCUGUUCAAGGUGAUUAAUGGGAACGAGGCAGCCAUUCGGGACGGCUGGACACCGGUGGUUCGGAUCUUCCUCAACCUUUUCGUGAACUCGUUGAUUCCUGCCCCUGGAGGGACUAUUAAACUCAAUCUCGACCUUCCGCCCAUUCCAUUGCAGCCACCGGUCCAAAUCAUUGACCGUGGGGAGCGAAAUAGCGAGGCUGGCGGCUUGUUCUCGACGUUGUCCUCAUAUGUCUCCAGUUUCGCGAAUGACGAACCGCCGGAGCCAUCCGACCAGGAGCUUGAAUACACGCUUUGCACGGUCGAUUGCAUCGGUACCUGCAACAUUGAGGAGGUGUUUGCCAACAUCAGUCAAAUGCCGCUAAACACGCUCAAUUCUCUUGUCUCGGCUCUUCUAUCCCAGCUCCCCGAGGAUGCCUCCCCACGAGUGAUCGUUGUGAAACCCGAGAUGCCUCCCCCCAGUCCAAUCCGACCGAAUGGACACAAGGCCCGAAAUACUGCGGCUGUAUAUGAUUCUCGAACCGUCUUCAUUCUCGAACUCGCAACAAUACUCACGCUCCGGGACGAGCCCUCGAUCGAGACGUUGGGAAAAGAUGCCGCAGAGGCGCUUCAAUCGGUCAUUCGCGAUGCAUCGAACUUCCACUACAUCGUAAUUUCUCGAGCAGUCUUCUACCUCUUCAGCCUUCUGAAAGCCAGCGGCAACCAUGACUUCAUCCGAGCACCCGUCGUCCUUCAUCAGAUCUCCAGCUUCGAUCAGGAGCUCCUACAAAACACCGCAGCACCUCUCAUUCGCGGCCUGUCGGAAUGCAUUGAAACCCCUUCCGGUCUCCGCAACGAGCUCGUCACGUCUCCCGACUUCUGGUCUAUCCUCGAUUCGCUGCAUGCCAUCGCCGACGAAGCACCCAAGGUGUUCUCCCUCACCGAGCAGCUCAUCACGGGACCCCACAGUUGCCUCAGCUCCGACAACUACGAACGAGCCAUCGAGCUGCUGAACAAUUUUGCAACCGCCGGAAGCAUCGGCACGAUCGACGAGCAGAGACGGGAUCAUGCGGCCCGGCGGGGGAAGAAGCCGGUGAAGCUGAAGGAAAACGAUGUAGUCGCUCGUGGAGUCACGUCGAUCCAUCUGAUCUACACCGUGACGGGGCGCAUCCCUACCUUUAUUGAACAGUCCCACUUGGAAGCCACGGAAGCAUGGAACGCGUACUGGUCUCCGAUUUUCCGAGCGCUGACCAUGCAGUGUCUGAAUCCAUGCCGGGAGGUUCGGCACCACGCCCUCUCGUGUCUCCAGCGGACGCUUCUAUCGAAAGAUCUCACCUCUCCGGACCACACGGAAUGGACGGCGAUUUUCGGCGACGUGCUUUUCCCGCUCAUCAACCAACUACUAAAGCCGGAAGUCUUCCAGUCCGAUCCUGUGGGCAUGGGCGAAACGCGGGUGCAAGCUGCCACGAUGCUAUGCAAGAUCUUCCUACACUAUCUGGUGGCCUUGUCGGAGUGGGAGGGAAUGUUGGAUUUAUGGAUCAAGAUCUUGAGCAUCAUGGACCGGCUGAUGAAUAGUGGCCAGGGCGACAACUUAGAAGAGGCUGUUCCGGAAAGUUUGAAAAAUAUCUUGCUGGUCAUGUCGAGUGGCGGCUAUCUCGCUUCUCCCAACGAGAAGCCGGAGCAAGAGGAGCUAUGGAAUGAAACGUGGACACGCUUAGACCGGUUCCUGCCGAACCUUUUCGCCGAGUUGUUCCCCGAAGAAACAAAGGUGCAAAAGAAGCAGCCGAAGCUCAAAGAAGAGGAAAAAUCGGCGGACAAGCAGGAUCCCGAGCAGGACGAGGUAGACUGA